AUGGAGAUUGUGCAAGUUGGCGUCGCAUGCUCUCUAAGAGGGGCCCCGCAUCCGGCGCUGCAGCGCCAUUUCCUUCGCCGGUGUAGGAGCCGACGGACAAGCGAUUUCCCUAUUCUGUCCAAAAGCUCAGAAGCGUCUGCAUUAGUUCCUUCGCCGUGCCGGUGCCCCUGCACCUCUGCAUCACAGUCGUCGUCUUCUUCAUCGUUUCCUUCGCCGUUUUCCUCUGCCUCGGCGCCGGUCUUGUCAUCGUAUCCCGGGGCCUCGCGUGCAUCGUCGCCUCGCCGGUGUUCGCCCGCUGUAGCGCGUCCCUCGGCAUUGUCGACGCUUCCAUCCGGUCGGCCGUCUGCAUCCCUUUGUUCGUCAACCUGGUCGGCUUCACACUUUCUCGUUCGUUCAGCGCCGCUUGUGGAGAACCCCACGACCUGUUCCAGUGCGAAUCGCAGAAUCCCUGAUCCUCGCCAAAUCGCCGGGGUGGGACUUUGCACGCGCCAGUUGCCUUCUGUCUCGGUUUCACCUGUUGCUUUUUCAGUUUUUUUCUUUCGCUUCCUGACUCCUGAUUCUCUGUCAUUGUUUACGCCGGGCCCUAGCGCCUCGCGUUCAACGGCUUUACUCUCUGUUCGCCGCCCGGCGGCAACCCUCCCGCGUCAGCCCCAGCCUUCAUCAUCCGCUUCGUCAACUCCUCGGCUUUCUGUCAGAGCGCGCAGCUCAUCUCCACGUCCGCUGUCAGCCAUUUGCCUCGGGCAUCCUCCCCUUCCUCAGGCGCGCGCGCGCCUCUGUGAGCGCGCGCUGUCGUCUUACUCUUCAGGUGCUGGAUCCCGCCCCGCCUCCUCGUUGGCGUCUGGGGAUGCCCGUCGCAGUCGAAAAGUCCACUUGGUCGAUGACCCCGAUGACUGCGACGCCAUUCUCGACGAGGUCUUCUUCCGCCCCGCGUCCUCUGCGCUGCUUCCGGCCUCGCCGCUGACGACUUACCUCGUCGUGCAGCGGCAGAUCGCUGCGUCGCAGUCGCCGUUCCUCACGGGAGACCUGUCGCGGCAGGUUGUGGCGCUCGACUGCGAGGGCGUGGCUCUCGGCCGUUUCGGGCGAGUCUGCACGGUGCAGCUCGCGACCGCGAGCCACACGCUGCUUCUUGACGCGUUCAAAACGGGCAUCGUCGGCGAAAACCCAAAGUUGAAGGAAAUCCUCGAGUCGCCGCAUAUCGUCAAGGUCUGCCACGACUGUCGAGAAGACGCGUCGGCGCUCUUUCAUCAGCACGGGAUUCGGCUGCGGAACGUAUUCGACACGCAGGUGGCGCACCAAGUGCUGUGCGAGAGGGACGGCGAGGCGCCUUUCCAGGCGUCGCUCACAGAGCUCUUACGGAGUUUCCUCAACCUCCGUGACCACGGCGUCUCGGCGCAGGCGAAACGCGCGAUGGAAGCAGAUCCCUCCGUCUGGUGCGGGCGCCCGCUGAGCACAGACCUUCUGCGCUACGCAGUCUUCGGCGUCUCGCACCUCCUCGACCUCGCGCACGUCCUCGCCUUUCAUCUGGGCUCGUGCACCGAGGUCGUUCGGCGCAGCUGCCGAAAGUACCUGCCAUAUCGACACCUGAACACCCACCUGAACUCUCCGGCGGAGAUCUCAGCGACCGGCGCAAUCAUUCAGGGCAUGGUCGCGGCGCGGACGUGUGCCGGCCUAACCUUCAAGUUGAACUGCGGCAGGAACGGCGUCGUUUCAACGCCCGCUGCGCUCUCGCGCUUCCACGACGUGAACCUCGGAGACAUCGUCGAUGUGCAGGUGGCGGGGCAGUCUCAAGACGGCCAGAUCGUCUACCUAGACCGCUACGACGGCCUGUACAACUACUGGAGUCUCAAGGAAAGGCCUCGAACGCGGCACAAGACGGGAAUGGCGUUAACGAGUGAAUCCGAGGUUGAUCCUCUGCUGCUCUUGGCCCCAGACGAAGAGGAAACACAGUGA